GCUGCUCAUUUCCCUCAAUACACAAGGCACUUCAGUCAUUCUCUCAGCUGCUGCUACUCCACAAGAGGAAAAAUGCCUUGGGGCUAUAUUCAGCUUCAUCUCUUGUCAUUAUUAUCCAGUUAUCUCCUUGUGUUAUCUCAGCUUAGCAGAGCCACUGAGACUGAAGCAGAGCAGCCUGUCAUCCCUACAGAUAAAUUAUUGGUGUUAACUGUUGCAACACAAGAAACAGAUGGCUUCCUUCGUUUUAUGCAAUCUGCAAAGCACUUUAAUUACACUGUAAAGGUUCUUGGCAAAGGUGUAGACUGGAAAGGUGGAGAUGUAGCAAAUUCAAUAGGCGGCGGUCAGAAAGUCCGUCUUUUAAAGGAUGCUUUGGAGUCCAUUACUGACCAAGAAGAUCUCAUUGUUCUUUUCACAGACAGUUACGAUGUUAUCUUUGCUGGUGGCCCAGAAGAAUUGCUCAAAAAGUUUCAGCAAUCAAAGCAUAAGGUUCUUUUUGCUGCUGAGGCAUUGAUAUGGCCUGAUAAGAGAUUAUCUGACAAGUACCCUGUUGUGCGCAGUGGCAAACGAUUUCUUAACUCAGGAGGAUUUAUUGGAUAUUUAUCAAACGUAAAGCAAAUUGUUCAGCAGUGGACAUUACAAGAUAAUGACGAUGAUCAACUUUUCUACACCAAAAUUUACAUUGACCAGAUUCAAAGGGAACGCAUAAACAUCACUUUGGAUCACAAGUCUCGAAUUUUCCAAAAUCUAAAUGGAGCAGUUGAUGAAGUUGUAUUACAUUUUGAAAAUGGGAGAGCAAGAGUAGAGAAUACUCAGUAUGAAACUUUGCCAGUUCUAGUACAUGGAAAUGGUCCAACAAAGGUACAGCUUAACUAUUUUGGUAAUUAUAUACCAAAUAUUUGGACUCCUGAAACAGGAUGUGGGACAUGUGAUAUGGACACUAUAGAUUUAUCAACACUUGAGGACUAUCCAAGGGUAACAGUUGGAGUGUUUAUUGAACAGCCAACUCCCUUCCUGCCAGAGUUCUUCAAAAGAUUGUUGGCCCUGGAUUAUCCCAAAGAAAAACUUUCUCUCUUUAUUCAUAACAGCGAGGUUUAUCAUGAAAAGCAUGUUCAGAAAUUCUGGAAAGAAGCCAAGACAGUCAUCAAGAACCUAAAAGUAGUAGGACCCGAAGAAAUGAUUACUCAGGCAGAAGCAAGAAACAUGGGAAUGGACAUCUGCCGCCAGGAUAGUGAAUGCAACUAUUAUUUUAGCUUAGACGCUGAUGUGGCGCUAACAAAUCCACAGACUUUGAAGUUGCUGAUUGAACAAAACAGAAAAAUUAUUGCUCCUCUUGUGACAAGACAUGGAAAAUUAUGGUCAAAUUUUUGGGGAGCUUUAAGUCCUGACGGCUACUAUGCAAGAUCAGAAGAUUAUAUCGAUAUUGUACAAGGCAACAGAGUUGGUGUAUGGAACAUUCCAUAUAUGGCCAAUGUGUAUCUGGUUAAAGGACAAACUCUUCGUUCUGAGUUAAAGGAGAGAAACAAUUUCAUCUUGGAUAGAUUGGAUCCUGAUAUGGCAUUAUGUAAAAAUGCUCGGGAAAUGAGUUUACAAAGAGAGAGAAACUCCCCAUCUUCGGAAACGUUCCAUAUGUUCAGACCCCCAAAGGGUGUUUUCAUGUACAUUACCAACCGACAUGAAUUUGGAAGACUAAUUUCCACUGCAAAUUAUAAUAUAAGUCACCUCAACAAUGACCUCUGGCAAAUAUUUGAAAAUCCUGUGGACUGGAAGCUUAAGUAUAUUGAUGCCAAUUACUCCAAGAUCUUUACGGAUAACAUUGUUGAGCAGCCUUGCCCAGAUGUCUUUUGGUUCCCAGUUUUUUCAGAGGAGGCUUGUGAUGAAAUUGUCCAAGAAAUGGAGCACAAUGGAGAGUGGUCUGGAUCCAAACAUUCUGAUACACGUAUUGCUGGCGGGUAUGAAAAUGUUCCCACAGACGAUAUUCACAUGAGCCAGAUUGGGAUGGACAAGGAAUGGCUUCACUUCAUUAGAGAAUUUAUUGCUCCAAUAACACUGAAAGUCUUUGCUGGCUAUUACACAAAAGGACAUGCAUUACUUAACUUUGUUGUAAAAUACACUCCUGAACGACAGUCGUACUUGAGACCUCACCAUGAUGCUUCAACGUUUACCAUCAACAUUGCACUCAACAAAAAGGAUACAGAUUUUCAGGGUGGAGGAUGUAGAUUUGCCAGGUAUAACUGCUCUGUCGAUUCACCAAGAAAAGGCUGGAGCUUUAUGCACCCAGGUCGACUCACACACUUACAUGAAGGACUUCCUGUCACCAAUGGCACCAGAUAUAUUGCAGUGUCCUUUAUUGAUCCAUAAAUAUAUCCAACUGUUUGACCUACUGGCAAACCCUUGACCUUUUUAUGACAUAUUUUUAUUUAUAGUUUUUUUUUGUUUUUUUUUUUUUUCAGAGGUUUUACUACUGUUUUAACAAAAUUAGAAAACGGGGAAAAAAGGUUUCCAAGUGCCAGCAAAAUUUGCAAUGUUUCAUUCAUUAUAGAGUAAACACACAUUACAGAUCCCUAGUGUCCAUAAAUAAAGUGGACCUUCAUUCCGAGCAGUGGAGACAACCAAUUAUGAACAUAUUUUUAAUAUCUUUGUACAAACAGUGACAAGAUACCUCACAUCUUAAUUUUGCUAAUUUUAUAGCAAAUUAUUUGACUGAAUUAUUGAAUUUGCAGACAUAUAGGCUUACAAACCAGGAAGGAAGUUCCACCUAAAUAACCACUCCUUGAUCGGCUAACUUCAGAUCCAUAUUUUUAAAGUCUAUAAAUUUAAUACAUGCCUGUGUUUAUAUCAAUACAUUAUUAUGGAACAAAGCAUUAAUAUGAUGCAUGACUCCUUGAUCAUUUAAAAACCAUAACCAUCCCAACUAAAAGGGCUAUCCUGGAUUGGUAAAACAUGUUAACUUUCUUUCAGAAAGAGCGCCACACAUGUCCUCAGGUUGUGUGUGGUAUUACAACACAGCUCUAUUCACUUCAAUGGAAAAGUACCACACACAAAUGCAGACAUUUAUGCAGAAAUGUUGCUCUGUAGUUAUUGUUUAAUUUUGUUAUAUAAAGACAUGAGUGGCCAUUUAAAUUGUGUCCACAAAUAAAGGUAACAGAAAGAUAUAUUAGCUUAAAGGUGACAAAGCAGAUAUUUAUUAUGACAAAUAAUAAUAACAACAUAGUUUAUCCAGAGAAGCAGGUGUUUUUGUUUUUUCCCUCAGGUAAACUGAAGAACAUACGGUACAUACUAGAGUAUAAGCCGACCCGAAUAUUAGCCGAGGCCCCUAUUUUCACCCCAAAAACCCAGGAAAAGUUAUUGACUUGACUAUAAGCCUAGGGUGGGAAACACAUCAUCCCCCCCCCAGUCAUCAUCCCCCCCUGUCAUCAUCCCCGCCCUGUCAUCAUCCAGACCCCCGUCAUUAACACCCCCGUCAUCAUCACCCUGUCAUCAUCACCCCCCCCUUCAUCAUCACCACCUGUCAAUCCCCUCAGUGGUCUUCAACC